AAUCCUUCGCUUUUAUAUGACAACUACUUCAGCUGUCAAUCUGAUGAAAAAUAUUUGUUUGGAGAUAUGAGGACAGUAUAAUAUCCAGUAUGAUAUCCAAUUAGAGGUGAAUUACAAUAUCUGAUUUGACAAUUCAGUUGCGAUAAAAUUAAAAACUACAAGAAUGAUUGUGGACCAAAAAGGAUUAAUUCUAAUUCUGACAUUUUUUCAAGUCAUGGGAACAUAUGGACGUAGAAAAAUCGCAGGCUGGAAAGAAGCUAGUUAUAAAGAACAAAAGUCGAAAGGAUACGAAAAUCCAGUAAUUUUUGAUUCUGAACAAUAUGCUGUUUCAAAGGCAUGUCCAUGGAAAAAGCCAUUCGUCAAGAGUAAGCGACCAAUCAAAUGCAGGGAAAAUAAUGAUUGCCCCAAUGCAUUUUAUUGUCAAAAAGUGAUUAGCUCAAACAACCCGAAAGAGAGAAUACAUCACAGUGUAUGUUGUAGAUAUCAAAACUUCACCUGUGAAUCCCCCGCUGAAAUUCUAAAGGCCCGAAGUUCUCGAAUUUACAUUUCUUGUAAUGAAAACAGUGACUGUCCAGAAUACCACACAUGCAGCAGGACUGAACACUACUCUUUAUGUUGUCCUGAUCAACUUAUACAGCCGGCUGGGCUGGAUGACAAUACACAAGGGUGCUUAUUUAAUGGCAAUGUGGUAGAAGACGGCUACAAAUCAGAUGACGUAGCAAGCUGUACAAAAUGUAAAUGCAAGGAACAACAAAUGGUCUGCAAGACACGGAAAAAUUGCAUGUGUGAAUAUAAUGGUGUGACAUACGGGAAUAUGGAAGAAUUCAUGGAAGGAGACUGUUCAACAUGUAAAUGCAAACAUGGAAAGGUUGCAUGUAAAGAGGACAGAUGUAAACCCUGUAAAAUUAACACACAUGGUACGAUGGAACAUCUUCAGUCAGAGUAUUUUGACGAUACAUGCCAGGAAUGUGAGUGUAUUAAUGGAGAACUCACAUGCACCGAUAACCCAGCAUGCACCUGCGAAGAUGAUGGAAUUAAAUAUGCGCAUAAUUCAGAGUUUACUCAGGAGGACGAUUGUGUAGAAUGUAAAUGCAGGCAUGGUAAUGUCUCCUGUGAACCAGCUAAAAGAUGCGAAUGUAAACAUGAUGGCAAACCAAUGCAGCAUGGUGGUACAAUGACUGACUUUGAUGGCUGUACAAUAUGCCACUGCAGCAACCAAUUAGUUUCAUGUCCUGAGCGGCCAGAGUGCAAUGUUUGUAUUGAUGGUGGAAAAGAAUACAAACCAGGACAGAGUUACUUGACCUCAGAUAGAUGUCGCUGGUGUGUGUGCAUCUCACGAAACAAAAGCGAGUGUAGAGUAAUUAGUAGAAGUCCAGAAUGCCAAAAAUAGAGCACUUAGGACAUCAAUGUAUAUCUAAUUGAAAUUAUGUUUUGUUGACAGUUGUGAUUUCAAUAUGUAUAA